CGGAAGGAGGAGGAGAUGGGCCCGGGGCGGGCAGGGAGGGAGUCAGAGUCUGACAAGUUACGCAGAGUCGCACAGCGCUGACGUCUGUGAGUUGAGUCCGACCAGGCGUCCCCGACCCAGAGGUCUGGGCCAUUUUCUUCUGCCUGCGCUCUUGCUGCCACUCGUCUCUUCGUCCCGUACGUCGGAUAAGGGGCUUGGAUUUUCCCUUGAACUCGGUUUACCUCUGAGCUUCUUGUCCAGCUCAUCGCACAGCCUCUGCGGCCAGAGGCUCUGGGUUUGAGUCCCACCUCCACCAGCGCUGGCUGGAUGACCGCAGAGCAGCAGGGCCUGCUUGCUUAGCGUGUGGCUCCAGGAGUCGGUCCGUCUGCGUGGCGUCUCUAGAACUGCUUGGCACAAAGAAAGCAGUCAACAACGCAAUGUGAACUGUCACUUGUAGUCACCUUCACAUCUGCCAGUAGAGCCUGACGCUUAGAUAAUCAUACAAUGGCUUCGCUGGAAAGAGAGCCUAUCUGGCCUCGGACUUUUGUACACUGUCUUUAUUCGCUGCAAAACAAACCUUAGGUUCACUGGUAGUCUCACUGGUGGUCUGAUUAAGCCAUCACGCUCCUCUCUCUUUUUUUUGAGAAGUGGCCCCACCACAGCUAUUUCACUGGCCUUGGACGCACAGCGAUCCUCCUGCCUCAGCCUCUCUAGUCCUGGCAUUACAGGACACCCCAGAAGCCCUCAUUGCCCAUUUCCAGACACUGGACGCCAGAAAGACAAAGAUCACAGAGACCGCGUGCUCCCUGCCUUCUGCACGGAGCCCAAGCUGAGCCCACAUCCUGAGAAACCAGAAAUGAAGGUGCCGAUGGAAGAGAGAAAGCACCAGUGGAGGAUGAGUCCCCAGAGUGGACGAGGGGUGGGGAAGCAGGCGGAGCGGGAAAAGGUUAGCGUGAGGACGAGUUGGAUGAGAAGCUGAGGGGAGGCUGAGGGUGAUGCGUGCCCGCCAGCCUUCCAGGCACAGCCUGAGCUGAGCAGUGUGGUCGGGAGGGACAGGGAUCCCACUGGGUUCGUGCACUGGCCAAGGACCUCCCCUGGCUGGACUCAGAGCAGCGUUAUGUGGCCUGGAGGCUCCCAGUCCAAGGACGGAAGAGAGACCGUGAGGCCCGGCCCCGGCCACUGGGACUGGAAUUUGGAGCUGUCUCCAUCGUAGAUGCCCGGCAGCCAAAGGCCAAGAAGCGAUCUCCUGUCCUUCUCCACUUGCAUUGGGUGAAAGUUUGCCCGCAGCAUCUCUCUUGUGUAUUUGGUACUCGCUCCGUUUUUCCUACCGUGUCAAAACUUGGGAGUUUAGAUAACAGAAAGACUUUCCGAAAGAACCCAAAGCCCUGAGAGGGAGAACAUGAACCCCAGCAUGCCCAGAGCCCUCAGGCUGGAAACCAGACAGUGAUGGGCAGUGACCGUGGCUCUGUGGACAGGGAAGCAGCUGCUGGGUGGGACUGCACGAGCGUUUGUGUUGAUUCUCCGUCUGACUUUUCCCACAGCUACAACACCGGCCUGAAGGUAAUGACUGUGACCUCUCAGCAGAUCACCACCUCUGGGCUCCCAGUCGACUGAAAGCCACUCACUGCCCAGGUCUGAGGAUGAGGGUGGCUGCAUCAGUGUCCCCUGACUGUGUUCCUGUCAGCUGGAAAAACGAGGAGUGCUCAGUUCUACCUCUUUGGCCACAGCAGAGGUACUGUCAUCAACAUGACCCUCGCGUCAUCAAGAGGCUGAAAUGACCUGCUCUGACAUCAACCAGGAAUUGAAUUUCCAGCUGGAGGAGAGCCAGCAGCAACUGCGAGACAUGGAAGCAAACUUCCACAUAGCUAAAGCUACUCUCUAUGUCCUGGCAGCCGAGCUGCGGAAAUUCAAAAGUACAAAGUACAAGGAUGUCAUCGAUUCCGUGCUUGGCGAGAGGCUGCAGCCCAAAGAGCAGGAGCUGGCCGAGAAGCUUUCGCUGGCCGAGCAGCUCAGGGAGUCCUGUAUUCUGAUAGGAGAACAGCGCAGGAAGCUGUCCCAGCUGAGGCAGCAGUUAGAAGAGGGUAGCAAUGAGUCGUUGCUCCUCAAGGAGCACCUGAAGGCCAUCCCCACCCGGCACGACGCCGACCCCACCCUGGGCCGGGGUCUCCGAGGGCAGCUGGCUGAGGGCUGCAGGCUGGCAGAGGUCCUUGCCGGAAAGUCAGAAAGUCUGGAGGAGGAGAGUGGAAAGGACUGUCAAUCACUGCUUCCCAGGGUGAGCACAGGAGGAGUGGACAAGCAGGGGGAACACGUCCCUCGGGACUGGCAAGAUGACGACCAGGAGCAGCCGUCUGGUCCCGGUGAACCGAGUGACCGCCCGCAGCCUCCCUGCAGCGCGGCUCUCCCGGUGGAUGAGAUCUCCCCUUCUCCAGAUGCAGCUCAACCUCAAGACACCCUGAGCCAACAGGAAGAGGAGGAAGAGGCAGGGGUAACCUGGUACCUGGAGGAUGGCGAUGAUAUCAAUGAUUCACUGUCGUACACUUUAGAUAGAAGUUAUUUGAUGGUUUCCACCUGCCGGGACUCACCAGCGCCCCCCAAGCCUUCCAAGACUCCAGUCUUCCUGGCAAAUCAGACUCCCUGUGAGGAUGAGGAUGCACCGGAGCCAGAGGCCCCCAGGAAACUGAUGAUCGGGGAUCAGCGACGGCCCCCCUUCCUCUGGACAUGGUGUGUCACGAUCCAGGACAACGCCCGGAAGCUGACCCAACACCGUGAGCAGCUACGGAAAGGGAAAGAGGCUGCCUUCUCCCUUGGACAGUGUCUCCGGCGCCUCUUUACCCAGGAAGAACCUGCUCGUGCGGUUCAGAGACACAGAGAGGAACUGGUGGAGGCCUGCAAGCUGGCCGACCACCUUGUCCUGCAGCUGCACAUAGCAAACUGUGGAAGCAGGACAGGCAAGGAAGAGAAAGAGCCACUUUACCAAGUGGACGAUCAGAGCAGCGAUUUCAGCUUCCUGAUUCAGGCUCAGGCCCGAGAGCUGACCCAGUUAAGGAAGAAGUUGGAGGCAGGAAGAAAUGUCGCAUUCAUCCUCCAAAAACAUCUCAAAGACCUCAUCACGGAUAAUGACUUUGGUGAAUCCCAAGGGCAGAGCCUCCUACAGCUGGCAGAGUGGCGCAGGCUGGCUGAGCGCCUGACCCUCCAGCUCGGCUCAGAGCACCACUGCGACACGGAGGACGAGGAAGAAACAGAGUCCCUGGACUCCAGUGAUGAGCAGCAGGAUGAGAAAGUGGAUGAACUCCUGUCAGGUUCAGUGGCGGAGCGCUCCCUCCUCGGUCCUGGGCGUCCUGACCCACCUUACCAACAGCAGCAUUGCAUCAGUGUUGCCGUCCCUGCAGAGGAGCAUGAAGCGAGUCCUGCACAGGAUGGAACCAAGCCGAGGGUGGCAGAGCGGGAGACUGAGUGAGCUGGCCGCACAGGACCUUUGAGAAGGAGCUGCAGGAUGAGGCAGAGUCCUUGGAGAGAACCUGGCAUCCAGCCCUGUCCAGCUCCCUCCAGUUCUCACGUCCUGUUUUCCCUGCUUGGCCGUUCAUUAAAAAGUAGAUUGGUGGGUUGAAGAUGUUUUCCCUCCACUCCAUAGCAGGUAUUCAGAGUCCUGCCAAGUGUCCAGAGAGGCUUGCGAUGAAAGGAUAAACAAUAUCUUGAGCAAGCAUGGUGACACCGCUGACGAGCCUGUCCCCUGGCCUGUGAGGAGGACGCUGGGAGACACCUGGGGCCCGGCUGAGCUGAGGGAGGGGCAGCCAUGUCCCGGGGAGGCUCUGUGUGCAGACACCGGGGCAGUGUUGCUGGAGAAGCACCGGGGCUGGAAAUCAGGCGUCAGAGGCGAGGUGAGGCCUCCAGUCCUUGAGUGGGCAGCACAGAGAAGUGUAUGAGAGGCAGGCCCAGCAUAAGCCAGGACUGCGGAGGCAAAGAGCAGUGGCCUGGGGCACACGGCAGUGGUCAGAGCUCCUCAGGAGGCUGAGACAAGAUGGUCACGUGAGCCUGGAGUUCCAGACCAGACUGGGCGCCACUGUGAGGCUACCUCUCCACAUUAAAAACAAAACAGAAGCGGAAGCUCUGCUGAGAUACUCAGUGGGGUGGAAGUGCAGAAGCAGAGGGGGAAGAGGGGAGCAGGUGUGCAUCGGGGCACAGAGAGGAGGGCCCUGUCUGGUGGACAUGCAGGAGGAUGAGGCAGGACAGACACCUGAAACACAAGGUGAGGAAAGGGCAGCGGACCUCGGUGGGAGCAGCUGUGCAGAGGGAGGAGAGAGGCCCACAGCAGGCCCUGUGGCCCGCAUCCCCUCUGAAAUGCAGCGUUGGCCUAAGGCGCCUGGCAGCCUUGUACCGCACAAACCCCUCAGCCCCCUGGGUUCUGUCACAGGAGAUAUCAGCAUGGUCCUCUGCUCCUAGCCACCACCUCUGUCUCUUCUCAUUGUCCUGUCCUGUCAAGGUCCCAGGUCCCUGCCGGCACCGGCGUGUAAACACGCCUGCCUGUGUCUCACUGUGUCCCUGACGCCGGGUCCCAGCCCCGGCGCUCUCCCCGUCCCGGAAUGCGAGCUUCCUCCUCUCUCCGUAGCCCAAGGUCUUUCCUCCGCCUGCGUGGCCUCGGUUCAAUCUCCACACCACCAGCAGCGCAGUGUCUCGUGGAGUACGGGGUCAGCCCUGCAGGAAUUUUCCUAGAGAGCCACUAUUUUAGAUUUCACGAGCAGCGUGAUAAAGGAUUGUUGUCACUGUGGCCUAGACUGGGUGCGAGUGGCGUUGUGUGAUCUUGUU